AUGGCCCCCCAGGCCCCCCAGAACCACGCCGCCUGGCAGAUAGCCGCCAAGGCACCCUGCUUGGAGGUCAAAGAGGCCGCUUACACCCACCCCGCCGCGUCCGAGAUCCUGAUCCGGAACCGGGCCGUAGCCGUGAACUAUGUCGAGCCAGCCCUGCAGACCCUCAGACCAGAUCUGUUCCCCUGGGUGACGUACCCGCAGAUCUUCGGAAACGACAUUGUCGGCGAGGUCGUCGAGGUGGGGCCCGGCGUCGAAGCGUUCAAGCCCGGGGACCGCGUCGUGGCCCACGCCAUCAACAUCACCAACAACAAGCCCUCCGAGGGGGCCUUCCAGCUGUAUACCAUCGUAUCGCACUUCAUGGCCGCCCCCAUCCCCGACCGCGUCUCCUACGAGCAGGCAUGCGUGCUCCCGCUGGCGUUGUCGACCGCCUCGUGCGCCCUGUACCAGAAGGACCAGCUGGCCCUCGAGCUCCCCACCGUCCCCGCCCAGCCCAGCACCGACAAGACCGUCCUCGUCUGGGGCGGCGUGUCGAGUGUCGGAUGCUGCGCCGUCCAGCUAGCCGUCGCUUCCGGCUACGAGGUCGUCACCGUGGCGUCGCCCAAGAACUUCGGCCUCCUGGAAACGCUGGGGGCUGCCAGCGUGUUCGACUACCACGCCGCGGACGUCUUCGAGCAGCUCGUUGGCGCCCUUGCUGGAAAGGACUGCGCCGGCGGGCUGGCCAUCGUGCCGGGCCCCCUGCGUGACAACGAGGUGGACCGCGCCGUAUAA